UCUAUGUUUCUGGACUAGUCUGGAGCCAGGCGAGGUAACAGAGAGCCUCCCAGGCUUCUGGGCUGGCAUAAAGAAAAGCAAACAUCUGGAAAGGAGCACAGACAAAGUAGCUUCUGACACAGCAAAGAGGGUGUUUGAGCAGGAGACGGAUGGGCUGUCAAUGGUGCUUUGCUCCUCAGUUUCCUUCUGGGGACUCUUGCCUGUGCUGGCCGUCGGUAUGCAGCACCGUCCUUGUCUUCUCGCCCGUGGCCAAGCUAGGACACGUGUAAGGUUAAGGAUCGCUUUUGAUUCUUCUGCGUCCCCCACUGCCUCGGGGAUAAGCCCGGACCUUAAAUUCAGAUCUGAACGGUGAUGGCACACAUUUCAGUUACAAGUUGCUCAGUGAGCUGUGGAUUGACGGAACUAUGACGGUCCUUGUCGUGAUGUACGCCUGGAAGACCCUUCACUAGUAGCAACUGUGUUCUGAUCAGAGGCCAAAUAAAUGACAUUUGGAACUUCCACUAAGGUACUAUAAGGUUUCUUGGGGACAUGGCCCCUGUUUUCUUCCUGCAAGAAAAAUUCAGCGCACAGCAGAGUCCUUAAUCAAUUGGGUUGCUUUAAGGAUCCUACCUGGAAUAGACUAUGUCCGAGAAUCACAAUGAGCUGGCACACUAACAGUACAACCUCGCCUUUGUUUCCAAACAUCAGCUCACCCUGGGUGCAUAGCCCCUCAGAUGCUGGGCUGCCCCCAGGCACGGCCACUCACCUUGGCAGCUACAACGUCUCUCGGGCGGCCGGGAAUUUCUCCUCUGCCAAUGACACCACCAGUGACCCGCUGGGAGGCCACACCAUCUGGCAGGUGGUCUUCAUCGCCUUCUUAACGGGCGUCCUGGCCUUGGUGACCAUCAUCGGCAACAUCCUGGUGAUCGUGGCCUUCAAGGUCAACAAGCAGCUGAAGACGGUCAAUAACUACUUCCUCUUAAGUCUGGCCUGUGCCGAUCUGAUUAUUGGGGUCAUUUCCAUGAACCUGUUUACCACUUACAUCAUCAUGAAUCGGUGGGCUUUAGGAAACUUGGCCUGCGACCUCUGGCUCUCCAUUGACUAUGUGGCCAGCAAUGCCUCGGUCAUGAACCUUCUGGUCAUUAGCUUUGACAGGUACUUCUCCAUCACGCGGCCGCUCACGUACCGAGCCAAACGAACGACAAAACGAGCUGGCGUGAUGAUCGGCCUGGCAUGGGUCAUCUCCUUUGUCCUCUGGGCCCCGGCCAUCCUGUUCUGGCAGUACUUUGUUGGGAAGAGGACGGUGCCACCCGGCGAGUGUUUCAUCCAGUUCCUCAGCGAGCCCACCAUCACGUUCGGGACGGCCAUCGCCGCCUUCUACAUGCCUGUCACCAUCAUGACUAUUUUAUACUGGAGAAUCUAUAAGGAGACCGAGAAACGUACCAAAGAGCUCGCCGGGCUGCAGGCCUCGGGGACAGAUGCAGAGGCCGAGAACUUUGUCCACCCCACGGGCAGCUCUCGGAGCUGCAGCAGCUAUGAGCUGCAGCAGCAGAGCCUGAAACGCUCGUCCCGGAGGAAGUACGGCGGCUGCCACUUCUGGUUCGCCUCCAAGAGCUGGAAGCCCAGUGCCGAGCAGAUGGACCCCGACCACAGCAGCAGCGACAGCUGGAAUAACAACGACGCAGCCGCCUCCCUGGAGAACUCGGCCUCUUCCGACGAGGAGGACAUCGGCUCCGAGACCCGCGCCAUCUACUCCAUCGUGCUCAAGCUGCCCGGGCACAGCACCAUCCUCAACUCCACCAAGCUACCCUCCUCGGACAACUUGCAGGUGCCCGACCAGGCGCUGGGGGCAGCCGACCCACAGAGGAAAGCCGGCAAGCUGCAGGCCCAGAAGAGCAUGGACGACGGCGCUGGCUUCCAGAAAAGCUUCUCCAAGCUCCCCAUCCAGCUAGAGUCCGCUGUGGACACAGCCAAGGCGUCGGAGGCCAACUCCUCGGUGGGCAAGACCACGGCCACUUUACCUCUGUCCUUCAAGGAGGCCACUCUGGCCAAGAGGUUUGCUCUGAAGACCCGAAGCCAGAUCACCAAGCGGAAGCGGAUGUCGCUCAUCAAGGAGAAGAAGGCGGCACAGACGCUCAGUGCCAUCUUGCUGGCCUUCAUCAUCACCUGGACCCCGUACAACAUCAUGGUUCUGGUGAACACCUUUUGUGACAGCUGCAUACCCAAAACCUAUUGGAAUCUGGGCUACUGGCUGUGCUACAUCAACAGCACCGUGAACCCCGUGUGCUAUGCGCUGUGUAACAAAACGUUCCGAACCACUUUCAAGAUGCUGCUGCUCUGCCAGUGUGACCGGCGGCGGCGGCGGAAGCAGCAGUACCAGCAGAGACAGUCCGUCAUCUUCCACAAGCGCGUGCCCGAGCAGGCCUUGUAGGGGGGGCUCGGCCCAGCGUGGCGGCCACGCGCACGCAUCCACCUGCAGACCUCCGGGGGGCGCCGGCCAGCAGUGGGGUGAUUGCCGGGGUGAUCAAAAGGGGUUUGUCUUUUUAUCACCCAGAUAUGAAGGAAGCUGCCUGUUUAUUGACCCAGUGAAUAAACCCAUUUUAAUAUAGAAAGAUACCAAGUCAGCAAAAAAAAACAAAACAUAUUCCUAAAUAUAAAGAAAUUUAUUCUGAAAUAGACUUUGUUUUUUUUUCCCUCAAAGAGGGGGGAAAAAUGUUUCAUAGCAAUUCCACACCCAAAUCGGUCUGCUGGGUUCUCUGAAUCCCCGUUAGCGCAGGAAAUCUUAGCUGACCAUCACUAGCUGAGCCCGCGGCCACGUUCCUUCCGAGGAGCCCACGCAGGGCGAUUCAGGUCCCACAAGGAACACGUCAGGCUAGUGAAUCCGUGGUUCAGAAAUUACUUCAUACGUUGCAAAGCUGAACCUUCCUGUCCCAAUAGAGCUUCCCCGUCUUCUUUGGUGUGUUGUUCAACUCUACUUGUGGACUUGAUUCUUGCAAAGUACUAUUUCGUGCAUUUCCAGUUUCGUACUAGUAAAAAUACAAGUAUAUAUAUAUAUGUGUGUGUGUGAGAGAGAGAGAGAGAGACUUCUGCACACACACACAGUGUAUAUAAUAUACUGGGAAUCACUGAGCUGGCAAAUUAUUCUUGCAAUAUAUGCUUUCAGUACUUUGAUAACUAAAGUUCUCUAGGAUCCUGACACAACAUAAAAGUGAAAUAAACCCAGUGUAAUAUUUUGGAAACCAGGGCUUUUUUUUUUUUUUUUUCCCCCA